AUGUCGAAUUUGAAUGGUGGGGGUUAUCCCUUGGAACACGGUCUACGUGCACAACCAUCACAGGCCAGCAUGAAAGCUUCUAUCGGUUCGGAUUUUCUCAAGAUUUUUAGCGGAAACAGCGGAAACAGUGGUAGCGGUGGUGGUAGUGGGAAUGGAGGACAAAAGAAAGUGACCAGAGAUGGUCAACCAGCAAAACGACGAGGUCCCAAGCCAGACAGCAAGCCUGCUAUGACCAGGAGGCAAGAGCUGAAUCGCCAGGCUCAAAGGACACAUCGCGAACGCAAAGAGCAAUAUAUGCGAGCAUUGGAGACCGAGGUGUCACGGUUACGAGAGGCUUACACUCAAGAAAUCUCGACGGCCAAUAUAUCCCUGCAACAGCAUAAGCAGAUGGUACACGCUUUGAUGGACGAAACCGACAUCCUGAAAGACAUUUUAAGGGCUCAUGGCAUCAGCUUCGAUGCGGAACUGGAACGACGAAAGGCAGAGCGUCCACCACCAGGCUACCAGUCCAGCCCUCUUGCGAGCAGCAGUAUUGGGUCACAGACCGCCGGAGCUGCCCCGUCAAACAGUAAUCAUUUUACCGCUACUCCCCCAACCACGAUUUCAUCCGGCUUGAGUCCCCGGGUCAACGGCCCGGAAGCCCACAUUGAUGUUUCACCAACCCAGGACUUCUCGCCCCAAACUCAAAUAUGCCAUAACACACCGAGUGAAUUGCCCGCUUUUCUCGAUCGGUCAGGCUCGGAUGGUGGAUGUGGCCCGGUCCAGGCUAUACGAGGUGUUUUUGAAACGGACCCUCAGCUCCAGGUGGAUUUUAUCCUAACGCUUGAAUCACCAUGUCGCGAGCAUACUGACUAUCUCUGCCGGCGUUCCAUCACGGAAGCAGACGAUGAGGAUAUGCCUUUCUCGGGACAUGCCUUGAUGGCCUCGUGUCCGCCUCCCAGUUACAUUGCCAACACAACCCAUGAGCAGGCUUAUCCGCACAAGACAUACGACCUUCCCCACGCAAAUCUCACAACCCUGCUUAAUCUCAGCCGACAGCUCGUUACAGAGGGCCAAAUCACACCCAUCAUGGCCCUACAGUGUCUCAAGAGCCAUGAAAUGUAUCGCAAACUAACAAAAGACGACGUCAAAAUCAUCAUUGAAACGCUCAACACAAAGGUCCGAUGCUAUGGCUUUGGGGCCGUGGUGGAAGACUUUGAAAUGAUGGACUGCUUAAGCAGUGUCUUAGGGACCAAGCUAGAUACAGGGUUUUCCAACCAACGAGACGAUCUGAUGUAUUCGUGA